AUGGACCAGGAGAUGGAGGUGUGGCAGCAGGAGUUCCAGGAGCUGAUUCAGGAGGAGAAACCCUGGGACCAAUGGACCCUGACACUAGACAGACAUCUGACUCCCAAUCUCUUGCAGCCAUACUGGAAAUACCACCAGCAGUCGGUCUUUGCCAGAUUCCAGUGCUCCCGGUGCUCUCGCAGCUGGGCCUCUGCCCAAGUUCAAGUCCUUUUCCACAUGCACUGGAAUAAGAGGACAUCCACGGGCCAGGUGAAGAUGCGGGUCUUUGCCCAGAGGUGUCGGAAGUGCUCCCAGCCUUCAUUUGAGAUUCCUGAGUUCACAGAAGAAAACAUCUCAAGGAUCCUGAACAACCUGGUGUCCAAAAUUCUGAAGGAAUGCUACGGAGAAAGAUUUAAGUCGAUGGAGGAAAUCCCUACCAUCAAGGACUGCCCCCUUAGAGGGGCACAUGACAGUGACAACUGCGAGGCGUGUCUGCGGGGCUUUUGUGCUAGGAGGGGGUUAGAUCUGGCCACACAGUCACGGACUUCCCCAUCAUUUUUCUCAACAAGCUCAUCUGAAGAAAUCUCCAGCUCUACGCCUUCUUCCACGAGGAGCAGCACCGCAGAGGAUUCAGUGACAGGAAACACCCAGAUGAAGAAAGAGGAGGCAUUACACAGGCCGAGAGCAAACUCCAACCACCAGGGGCAAAGUAUAAUCCUAAACUCACCUGAAGAAAUCUCCAGCUCUACGCCUUCUCCCACGAGGAGCAGCACCGCAGAGGAUUCAGUGACAGGAAACACCCAGAUGAAGAAAGAGGAGGCAUUACACAGGCCGAGAGCAAACUCCAACCACCAGGGGCAAAGUAUAAUCCAGGUCUCCACCUUAGGUGAGGAUCUAUAUUCCCACAUAGCCCAGAAUCUCACACACAGGAAUGUGGUUGUUUGCUGCUGCGCUAUAAUCGUUCUAAUCCUAAUCGUGGUGGUGGUGGUGAUUGCUGUAAAACUCACUAACUGA